ACAAAAAAAAGAUUUAUUUCCUUACAAUAAUUUAUGUGCAGGAUUCCAUGUGCUCCUCUUAUAUCUAGAUUCAGCAGAGAAUCGACGCGAUGGCCGAGAAAUCCGCUGAAGCGAGCCCCAGCGUAGCCUCCACUCUGUCUUUCGAGAGCAGUUCCGGCAACUGGUGGGACUCAUGGCUAUCUUCGGCUAAGAAUAAGUCGGCGGAAGUAUAUUCGAUGGUGAAGAAAGACUUGGACGAAAUCGGCACCGCGGUCAAGAGUGAGGCGAGUCAUGUCUUUAGCACCACCUCCAAUGUCAUGUCAAAGACGUUCAAGUUGGAUGUGCCAGAAUCGCCCGCGAAUGUUAUGAAGAAAAGCAUUACCAGUUUUAUUGGUCAAGUGAGCACAGUCCUGAGUCCAGAACCGGACGACGAGGACGACACCGAAGUCAUCCUUUCUUCCGGUGAUACCACCAUGCUGUCCACGUACAAGAAAGAAUUAGAAGCCCUCCAGCGCGUAGACGCAACAUUCAUAGUGCCAGCAUACAGUCCUGAGUUCGAAGCGUGGCGUGCUAGUCUGGAACUUUCAGACGCUAGUGUGAUUACGCCCAGUGCAGCCGUAAGACGCCUCGAUACAAGUCCUGUCCUCAAAUCGCAGUACGACAAACUAGUGCCCGACGCUGUGUCCCAUGAUGACUUCUGGGAACGGUACCUAUUUCGCGUAGCUCUCCUACAAGACCGGUUGGCGGCUGCCGCGCGCCGACAACCCGUCUCGCAGCCCUCCACCGACCCGGUGAUGGCCCAUCUGCCGCUGCAGUCAGAACAGAUUGAGAGCCCGAAGAAAACGCCUGUGGUAGACAAAGAGCGUGAUGAAAUCAUGCAUAUUUACGAAAAAGUCGUUGAAGAGGUUGACACCGUUGCCUGGGAAGACGAAGACUUCGCAAAUGACUUAGAAUUAACAGAAGAACAACAAACCCUCCUUCUAGAAGAAUACGAACAAGAAAUUGCUAGCAAGAAAACGAAACAGCGUGACGUCACGAACAAUAACGCACAGAACAGAGAGAAGGAAAACAAAAACAAAAAUGUAAAAAAUAACACAGACAAAAAAUCGCCCAAGAAAACUGAUGUGUGUGGCAAUAACCUCGUAGAAGAUUAUUUUGGGGACGAAAAAGUUAAAGACGACGCUAGUGCUAAUUCAGACGAAAGUUGGGAAAAAGAAUUUGAAAUCGAAGACGUGGAGAAAGCCUGAUCCGUUAGGUGAUGUACAGGGGACUGACCGUGAUCUGUAAAGUUUGUAUGGUUCGAUAGGCCAAGAAACUGAUGGAAACAGUACAGGGUGUUCAGAAAAAAAUAAUAAGUUUAUUUGAUCGACUCUCGCAAAUUAUGUCUCUAUAAAAUAACCUGCUAUAAAAUACAAAAAAAAAUUGAACUUU